AUGGAAGUGCCAAUAUUAAGUAACAGUGAAUUUAAUUUAAAAGUUAACUUAGAAUAUUCACUCGCUAGCCUGUCCUCCGUCAGGACCUCUGCUUCCUCCUCUGCCAGUUUCGUUCCCUGUUUGCUUUCUCUUACAAGCCACUCUUCUCCCUCGGUGUUGGUUUGCACCACCAGCAUGGCAGAGAGGGGGAAAGAAAAGAAGACUCUGCAGGUUUUUACAUCAAGAGCAGGGCCCUGACCUUCCAGGGCACCGCAGCUGGGGCCACACGUCCUGCGCUGGUUUUUGAAUCUGCUGGGAGAACAGAGAAGCGCGAUGCACAGUGAAAACCCAGCUCUUAGUCUGCAAGUUUGGGAACUUUCUGAGAGACUUGAUUUCUCUCUCCUUCCUUUGCCAUGUUCUUGGGAUUUUCUUAGCAUCCCUGGAUUCUGCAGGUUUCCUAUUCAAGCAAAGUGCUACUCUUCCCACAGUGAAGCAGUUACUCUCCCGGAAUCUGAAAUUAGAAGCUGGCAGCAAGUUGGAAGAAUGCUGCCUUUGGAUCUGAUGGUGACAAACAGAUUAAUUCCUCAUUUAUUUCCAUUUCCAUCUCCAUCUUCCCCCAGGAAAGUUUCCGCAUUCUUCCAAGAAGUGCUUCCUAAAAGAGUCUGCUCGGUAAUCGUUUGUCAUAGAGCAGAGGCUCGGCUUCUGAACACUCACAGUUUCCACUGAGAGGGACUGGGAGCACAGCUCUCCUAUAUAAACUCCUGUCUCGUCGCCGCGCUCCCGGCAGCGCCUGUUCAGAGCUGGAAUCCUUCUUCUAGAAAUUCUUUUCCAGCUGACAGGAAAACAUGGAUUCCCGCAGGCCAGGCCGGCUGCCCGGCGUCACCUCAGUGGGACGAGAGGUUCACCAUGGAGCCCUUCUGUCCGCUCCUGCUGGCCGGUGUUAGCUUGCCCCUUGCCAAGGCUCUCACGGAAAACAAGACCACCACAGCACAGAGCAACUGGACCUCCACCAGCCCAGGCCCUCCGGCCCCAGGCGCGCCCCAGCCCCUGCUGGCCUGGCUGCUGCUGCCGCUGCUGCUGUGCCUCCUCCUUCUGCUCCUCGCCGCCUACUUCUUCAGGUUCAGGAAGCAGAGGAAGGCGGUGGUCAGCACCAACGACAAGAAGAUGCCCAACGGAAUCCUCGAGGAGCAAGAGCAGCAGAGAGUGACACUUCUCAGCAGGUCCCCCUCGGGGCCCAAGAAGUACUUCCCCAUCCCCGUGGGGCACCUGGAGGAGGAGAUCCGCGUCCGAUCGGCAGAUGACUGCAAGAGGUUUCGGGAGGAGUUCAACUCCUUGCCGUCUGGACACGUACAAGGAGCUUUUGAACUGGCCAAUAAAGAAGAGAACAGAGAGAAAAACAGAUAUCCCAACAUUCUUCCCAAUGAUCAUUCCAGGGUGAUUUUAAGCCAAGUGGAUGGAACCCCGUAUUCAGACUACAUCAAUGCUUCAUAUAUAGAUGGUUAUAAGGAGAAGAAUAAGUUCAUAGCAGCUCAAGGCCCUAAACAGGAGACAGUCAACGACUUCUGGAGAAUGAUCUGGGAACAGAAGUCUGCGACCAUCGUCAUGUUGACGAACCUGAAAGAAAGAAAAGAGGAGAAGUGCUAUCAGUACUGGCCGGACCAGGGCUGCUGGGCCUACGGAAACAUCCGCGUGUGCGUGGAGGACUGCGUGGUUCUGGUGGACUACACCGUCCGGAAGUUCUGCAUUCAGUCACAGCUCCCCGACGGCUGCAAAGCCCCUCGGCUCGUCUGCCAGCUGCACUUCACCAGCUGGCCCGACUUCGGAGUGCCUUUCACCCCCAUCGGCAUGCUUAAGUUCCUGAAAAAAGUGAGGACGCUCAACCCUGCGCACGCCGGGCCCAUCGUGGUCCACUGUAGCGCGGGCGUGGGCCGGACGGGCACCUUCAUAGUGAUCGACGCCAUGAUGGACAUGAUGCACGCCGAGCAGAAGGUGGACGUCUUUGAGUUCGUGUCCAGAAUCCGCAACCAGCGCCCACAGAUGGUUCAGACCGAUAUGCAGUACACGUUCAUUUACCAAGCCUUACUGGAGUACUACCUCUACGGGGACACUGAGCUGGACGUGUCCUCCCUGGAGAAGCACCUGCAGACGCUGCACGGCACCACCACCCACUUCGACAAGAUCGGGCUGGAGGAGGAGUUCAGGAAACUGACAAAUGUCCGGAUCAUGAAGGAGAACAUGAGGACAGGCAACCUGCCGGCCAACAUGAAGAAGGCCAGAGUCAUCCAGAUCAUCCCGUAUGACUUCAACCGCGUGAUCCUUUCCAUGAAAAGGGGCCAGGAGUACACGGAUUACAUCAACGCGUCCUUUAUAGACGGCUACCGGCAGAAGGACUACUUCAUCGCCACGCAGGGGCCCCUGGCACACACGGUGGAGGACUUCUGGAGGAUGGUCUGGGAGUGGAAGUGCCACACGAUCGUGAUGCUGACGGAGGUCCAGGAGAGAGAGCAGGAUAAAUGCUACCAGUAUUGGCCAACAGAGGGCUCAGUGACUCAUGGAGAAAUAACGAUCCAAAUAAAGAGCGAUACCCUGUCUGAAGCCAUCAGCGUACGAGACUUCCUGGUCACCUUCAAUCAGCCCCUGGCCCGCCAGGAGGAGCAGACCCGGAUGGUGCGACAGUUCCACUUCCACGGCUGGCCAGAGAUCGGGAUCCCUGCCGAGGGCAAGGGCAUGAUCGACCUCAUCGCCGCUGUGCAGAAGCAGCAGCAGCAGACGGGCAACCACCCCAUCACCGUGCACUGCAGCGCCGGGGCCGGAAGAACAGGGACGUUCAUCGCGCUCAGCAACAUCCUGGAACGAGUCAAAGCUGAGGGGCUUUUAGACGUAUUCCAAGCUGUGAAGAGUUUACGACUUCAGAGGCCACAUAUGGUGCAAACCCUGGAACAGUAUGAAUUCUGCUACAAAGUGGUACAAGAUUUUAUUGAUAUAUUUUCUGAUUAUGCUAAUUUCAAAUGAAAACUCCUGCCUUAAAAUAUUUUUUAAUUUAAUGGUCAGUAUAUUUUGUAAAAAUCAUGUUAAUUUAUUUCAUAGUUGGCAUUAAUAUCCUUCCUAAUUUCUUUGUAUAUAUUUUGUUACGCUUUAAAGGCCACUUGCAGUUAUUAAAUCUCAAACACCCCUUUUAAAAACUGGAAUAAUGUAUUAAGUUCAAAUAAUAUCCCAUAAAAUAUAUAUUUCUGCUAAUCAGUAAAAAAUUUUAAUUUUUCAUUAGAUUCAUAUUGUAUAAUUUCACACAGUCAGCAUGUCUAAAUGUUAGAAGUCUUAACAUGCCAAGUGUGUUUACUUACACAAGAUACUAACCACAGCGUCAUUAGGAAACAGUCGAGGACUCAGAAAUCAGUGGAAAGUGGACUUCCCUGACACUGGUUUCACAGCCCCGAGCAGCAGCAGGUUUUUGAAAGCAAACCUUUGGUGAAGAUGCGGUGGAAUAGGGGUUGUUGCAGUCCUUAAUCUCGACCCGUGUGGUUUAUCUUUGCAUUUAAAGAUCAAAGGAGACUUUACAACCCGAGUACAGGUCUAAAACACACUGGAGUAGUUGGUGACUAUUAUUAAUACUUAGAAAUGCAUUUAUUCAAGGCUGUGGCAUGCCAUCUUGGCUGGACGGGUGAGCUGGGAAGGCUGGUGGGCUCAUGUGCCCACGGCUGUGGGUCCAGCAAAACCAGCCCUCAGAGUUUCUCUCCCAAGACGCUGCGUGCUGUCCGUCUGUCUGGGUGUUUGACUCAGAUGGUUCUCUGAGACUCACGUGACAGAAAAACCACUUCCCAUUCCAAAAGGUCAGGUAGAGCCAGGCGUCUCACGCUCACGGAAGCAAAGAGCGCCCGCCUGGUAGAAACAGAACAGCCACAGGCAAUUCUGCGUUAAACUUCUUGAGAAGCAUUUUGGUAUUUGAAGGUCUCUUGUAAAAACCAAGACUGUAAGAAAAGAAAUCUUGAAAUCUAGAUUUAUACAGUUUUUAAGUCCCACUCCUCAAUAUUUAAUAAAAGAAGAAGAGAAAUCCUUAAUCUGAAGGCUAACUUAUUUUUGAAUGGUUACUACUGAGGCCCCUGGCACUGGAUGCUAAUGAUCCCAGAGCCAGACGGGAUUGGCUUUUGGGACCAAAA